ACAGUCCGGUUUUGUUUACGGCCGUCCGGUGCGGCUGCUGGUUGGUCCUGGUCGGUCUGAGUCCAAAGCAGCGGUAUCUCUCCGCUAAGAAGCCGGUUCGGUGUGCGAGACAUGGCGGCGCAGGGAGGAGUUGCUUUCCAGGAGAAGGUCAGCAGGCUGCUGAGCAGGAAGGACGGGAAACCGACCCUGAAACCCAACAGACCGCUGGUUCUGAAGGACUCAGUGGCCAACAGGAAACCCAGGAAAGGAGAGGCCUCCUGCAUCACAGAGAUGUCCCUCCUGAUGGCCUGCUGGAAGCAGAACAACUUUGUGGACGGGCUGUGCUCCAGUGAGGUCCAAACCUUCUACUCAUGCGUUCAGAAGGCCCAGGCAGCCAUGAAGAACAAAUCUCAGCAGAGCGACGCCGCGGGAGGACGUCUGUCGCCGAAACAGGCCACCACUCUGCUGAGGAGGUUCCCUAACCUUCGAUCAGAGAUCUAACCGCUGUCCAGAGGACUCUGAUAGGCUCCUGUUUCCAUGACGUCUGGAAGAUGAUCUAUUUAUAUACGUGUUAAAUAAAAUGUUAAACUUGUUUUAAAAG